AUGGUAGAAGCAGCUCUCUUCCUGUACCCCCAGGAGGUCUCCGUGGAGUCUGGGUCGGAUGUGACUCUUCCCUGCCGGGCUCCCACAGACCUCACAGCAGUAAGGUGGAGCAGACCUGAGCUGGGGUCAGACCACUACGUGUUCUUCUACAGGGACAGACGGCUGUACGAGGAGUACCAGCAUCCAGCUUAUCGGGGUCGAGUGUCUCUGGUGGAUCGGGGACUGGAGCACGCAGACGCCUCUGUGACCCUGAGGAGGGCCUCCUUCAGGGACACUGGGACUUAUGAGUGUGUGACAGUGAGCAGCAGAGGGCACAGGAAGAGGACCAGUGAGCUCCACCUGAAGGUCUCACACUCAGGUCUCACAGCUGGACAGACUGACGAGGGAGGGGACACGCGUGGACAUUAUGGACUGGUGGCUCCGUUUGUUGUUGUGAUUGUGAUUGGUUCUCUCAUCUUGUGGAAAUAUAAAAACCAUGUGAAGAAGAGUUCAGAGUGUCCUGCUGCUGAUGAAGCCCCUGAACUAAAUCAGUCAUCAUCAGCAGAACCAGUUCCUCAGUGAGCCUCUGCACCAUCAGCUCUGUACGGUUCAGUGCAAACUAAUAAUGACUCCUUUCUGUGAGCUGCUACCUUAUCUCGGGGGGUACGAUAACGGUAACGAGAGGAUCAGUGCUCAGACUGUUGGCUGAUCGGUGCAAUCGAAUGUUUCAUGUUAAAAUAUCAUUAAUGCAGGGGCACAAGAGGGUUAAUUCUGAUUGGUAUUAUAAGUUAAGCUUAAUGCAAUGCAUGCUGGGAAGUAUAUGAGAACAAGCUAAUAUGUAUUUAUACUUUGUUUUAUUUGAACAAAUGUGACCGAGACAAAGUCAGUAAAAGCUUUUAUUUCCAACAUAAACUGAAGCUUUAAAGGUGCAGUGUGCAGAGAGCUCUGUACUGUAUAAUGUGUUUGUGAUUUAUAAAUGUUGGUCUAAAGAUUUCAGUUAAAUCUGUUUAAGCUGCUGCUCUGAAUGUGUAAAUGUAAAGUUAUCAUAUUUAUAAUAAACAGUAAAAUAUACUAAA